UUCAACUUCCGGCAUGUUCUUCAGUUUUUGCUUUUAUUCCUAGUGCGCGGUUUUCAAUAAAAAUAAACAAAGUACUGUGUGAAGAAAAUAUGUCAGACGAAGAAGAUUAUUCUUCAGAAGAUGAUGUUGAUUAUGUUCCAUCUGAUGGCGAGGCAGUCAGUGAGGAGGAAGGGUCGGGUGAUGAAGAGGACCUAUCGGCUCUAGUGCAGGACGCGGCACAAGAUAAGACAGAUGGAAAAAGAAGACGGAAGACUGGCAGCAUAAUUCAGAGACCAAGAAAGCGACUUGGUGGUAUAAAGUUGGAAGGAGAACAAGUUGACAUCAUUCAGGUGGAUGAAGGAAACAAAGAACUGGCUGUAGCUAUCAUCCAGGAACACGAAGCAAAGAAAGAAGAACAAGAGAAGAAGAGAGCAGAUGACUUGUGGUCAAGUUUUUUGUCCGACGUCAAAGUCCCACCCAAGAAAUCAUCAUCGCCUAAUAGUUUGACAUCUGUGACGUCCCCCACUAAAACAGUACCAGACUCAUUAGUUCAGUCGCAGAAAGUUUCAGGUGCACAAAAUAGUGAGCAGAAAGGAAAGAUAACUGUUACAAAAAUGUUUGAUUUUGCUGGAGAACAAGUCAAAGUGACGAAAGAAGUGGACGUUAGUUCUAAGGAAGGUCAGGCCGAACUGAAGAAACAGAAGACAACAGACUCCGUGAUUGGAUCGGUCAACACAGGUACUUCAGAAGCAACAAAAUCUGUCUUGUCAGUCGGUGUAAAACGUCCUGCAUCUAGCGGAGGUUUGGGCAGUAUUCUCAGCAAAAUAGGGAAGAAAGACAAAAUCAGUACACUGGAGAAAUCAAAGCUAGACUGGAACAAGUUCAAGAAAGAGGAAGGGAUCGAGGAUGAAGUAAACCUGCACAACAAAGGCAAACAGUCGUUUUUAGAACGACAGGCAUUCCUGAACCGCACAGAUCUUCGACAGUACGAGAUAGAAAAGAGUCUCAGACUUGGAACCAGCAAAAGAUGACAUGACUUCUGAAAAAACCAAAUGCAUUUUGUGAUCAACUUGGUCACAAGAAAUGAAAUCAGUUCUUUAACAACAUACACCAUUUUGUGAUCAACUUGAUUACAAGAAAUGAAAUAAGUUCUUUAACAAUGUACACAGUUUUGUGAUCAACUUGAUUACAAGAAAUGAAAUCAGUUCUUAAACGUACACAGUUUUGUGAUCAACUUGAUUACAAGAAAUGAAAUCACUUCUUCAACAACGUACACAGUUUUAUGAUCAACUUGAUUUUGAUUCCAAGAGAUGACAUCACUUCCUUAACAACGUACAGUUUUGUCUGCAUGUCAAAAUUUCAUAUUAUUUUCAUCUACCUAGUUACUGGAAAUGACUUCAGUUUCAUAGCAACAUUAUAGAUGUUACUUGAUGACACUAAGAAACAACAUUAUAAUAAGUUUACAGAUUAUUGUGGUGUCUUGAAAAUCUUACUUUAUCUGGUGAACUUGGUGACACCAACGGAUGACAUCACUUUCUUAUCGCUGAUUUUACUGUUGAACUCUACAAGCAACAGAUCUCAGACUGUCUGGUUGUUACAAAACAUUGUUUACACCUGAUACAGAAAUUAGUGAAUGGAAUUGUGUGUACAUGUAUAUCUAUUAGUCACAAUAUCUUUGAUACAAUUGAUUAGUACACUGUGUGUUUUGACUGGAUCAAAAUUGGUAUUCUUGGAGGUACACUAGACAGUAGAUCAGUAAAUGAUUAUGCUGUAAAACUGAAGGAGGAAAGUAUGGAAGUGUUUAUUAUAAACAGUAGCGUGUGUUGUGAACACUGUGUGUGAGGAAAAAUCAACAGAUGAAAUCUGCCUGUUACCAGCUUGUAAAUAUUGGGACAAUAUGGAGAUUGUUAAAUGUUGGGACCUUAAUAUUGGUAUUUACCUGUUGGUCAGUCCCAAAUGGCUGUAUGUGAUUUGUAGAAAUAAAUAUUGUUUAAAACAGGAUUUGUAAGACAAAACACGACAGAAAAGCCAGUAAAUAAAAAACAUUAACUAAUAUUACCAGUUUCAGUUGACUUGAGAAUUGGGAAAGUGGUAUAUGUCUUUGAAUAAUAGAAGUUACAAGUAAAAUGUCCAAUCCAAAA